UAUAAAAUUGAUAUUAAGUAAAACUUAAUUGAUAUUAGGAUAUUUUCUUUGGGCUCCGCUAGGUGACCCUUGAAAAAUCGCUUUGAAUUCUGCCACGCCCAAAAGCCAACAUGUGACAUGAAUUUACACAUGUGAAAUAUGGCAUCUGGAUGAAAUAUUGAUAUGCAAUUACAUUUGUUCGACAUAGUAAUGAAAUAUAAAUGAAAUAAUAUAGAUAUUAAUAUUGCAAUUGGACUUCAUUGAUGUAGUGAUAAGAUUAUAAGUUUGACAUUAAAUGGAAUUUAAUUGAUAUUAGGAUUUUUGGGCUCUAGUAGGUGCCCACGGAAAAAUCGCAUUAAAUUCUGCCACAUACAAAAACCACCAUAGACACCCAACCCACAGACCAGUCUCCAGUAGUCCAAUGUGCUACCGGCUAAUAGAACAGUGGCCGGUCGGCAGUCCGGCAGAAGCACUCGAGCAGCGCGCCAUGAAGAGCAUCGCGCUAGUCUUCUUUCUGCUGGUGCUCGUGCAAAGCGUGGCGCUGAGCUCCGGCACGGCGGCGGGGUGAACAAGGCGCCGGCGGACGCGGCAGGGCGACUACCUCCACCGCCUCCGCUGGUCACCGCCGUGGUCAGAGUCGACCAUGGAGAACACAGCGGUUUCGACGACCAAGACGGAUCGGAGAGGGGCCUCGCCCCCACCGGCAGCAGUCAGGAGCAAAGAGGCGGACCGCGUGGAGAGGCUGCCUGGACAGCCUGCAGCAAGCGUCGGCGAGUUCCCGCAGUACGCCGGGUACGUGACGGUGCACGCGGCCGCUGGGCGAGCGCUCUUCUACUACCUCGCUGAACCCGUGGGCACCGGCAACGGCUCUUCGGGGUCGAAGCCGCUCCUCCUGUGGCUGAACGGCGGGCCCGGGUGCUCGUCGCUCGGGUACGGCGCGAUGCAGGAGCUGGGCCUGUUCCGCGUCAUGAGCGACGGCAAGACGCUCUACCGCAACCCCUACUCCUGGAACCACGCGGCGAACGUGCUAUUCAUGGAGAGCCCGGCGGGGGUGGGGUACUCCUACUCCAACACGACGUUGGACUACAGCCAGAGCGGCGACAACAAGACGGCGGAGGACGCAUACCUCUUCCUCACCAACUGGAUGGAGCGCUUCCCGGAGUACAAAGGCCGCGACUUCUACGUCACCGGCGAGAGCUAUGCCGGACACUAUGUGCCCCAGCUCGCCCACCAAAUCCUCCGCCACAAGCCUCCGUCCAUCAACCUCAAAGGCAUCAUGAUUGGGAACGCGGUGAUCAACGACUGGACGGACAAGAAGGGGAUGUACGACUUCUACUGGACGCACGCGCUCAUCUCCGACGACACGGCCGACGCCAUCACCAAGAACUGCAACUUCACCGCCGGCAAGUCCAGAAGCCCCUAGUGCAACAAGGCCAUAUUCGAAGCCACCGAGGAGCCCGGGGACAUCAACAUCUACAAUAUCUACGCGCCUAUGUGCCAGUCCCGCAAGCUCGUCUCGCCGCCCAUCACCCCCUCGAUCGAGAGCUUCGAUCCGUGCACAGAUCACUAUGUGGAGGCCUACCUCAACGAUCCGGACGUGCAGAAGGCGCUCCACGCUAACGUCACCCGCCUCAACCACCCAUGGUCAGCCUGCAGUGUGCGAUUUGGGUACUGGGUGGACAGCGCCCCAACUGUUUUGCCCAUUAUCCGCGAGCUGAUGAAAAACAACAUUAGGGUCUGGGUGUACAGUGGAGACACUGACGGGAGAGUGCCGGUGACUUCGACUAGAUACUCUCUCAAUCAGCUCCAGCUACCUGUGGCUGAAAAAUGGAGGCCAUGGUUCAGCAGCACCAAGGGUAAUGGCGAGGUGGGUGGAUACGUUGUGCAGUACAAGGGCGACCUCAGCUUGGUAACAGUGAGAGGCGCAGGCCAUGAGGUCCCAAGCUACCAGCCCCAGUGAGCGCUUGUGCUUGUCCAGUAUUUCCUAGCAGGCAAAGCACUCCCUGAAUGCAAAAACUGCACUUGA